AUGACUGAACCAAGUUCCCGUGACAAUCAGCAUGGCUCGAGUCCCUCUGACUUGGAAAAGAGUGAUAUGAAGCAUAUUCAGGGAGAUGAUGUCGGAGCGGCGAUUCUCAAUGGAACAGUUGAACAACUGCAAGUCCAGGACGGUGAAGACCGAACCGUUCUUCGGAAGAUUGACAAAUAUUUACUUCCCAUCCUUGCAUUCACUUAUAUGAUCCAGUUCCUCGACAAGUCUUGCAUCUCCUACGCUGCACUUUGGGGCAUGAAAACAGAUGCUCACCUCGUCAACGACCAAUACUCUUGGCUCACAACUAUCUUCUAUCUGGGAUACAUGGUGGGCGAGUUUCCUAUCAAUUUGCUCUUCCAGAAGUUUGACAUUGCGCGCACUUGUGGCAUUUUCAUCAUCCUCUGGGGCACAGUUCUUCUUUGUAUGACUGCUGGUCAUGACUUCGCUGGUCUGGCUACGACACGACUCUUUCUUGGCAUACUGGAAGCUGGAUCCUCUUUGGCUCACAAAGUUCACAGAUCAGAACAGCCUCUGCGAACAUCCAUCUGGUUUUCUAUGAAUGGGGUUGCAAACAUUAUCGGUGGGCUAAUUGCCUAUGGAAUCGGCCAUAUACACUCGGCCUUUCCAGCAUGGAAAUACCCGUUCAUAAUUUUUGGCUCUGUGACGAUUCUUUGGGGUAUUGUCUUUGUAGUGGUAACCCCAUCUAAUCCGACUAAGGCGAAAUGGCUCUCGACGAGGGAGAAGGAGGUUGCAACGCUGCGCGUUCUUCAAAACGAAACGGGUAUCGAUAACAAAUCCUUCAAGAUGGAUCAAGUAAAGGAGUCAUUCCUUGACAUUCGAUUCUGGUUGAUCAACCUUCUCUGUCUGGCCAACACUAUUCCUAAUGGUGCUGUAUCUGCCUUCGCCCCGCUCAUUGUAAAUGGCUUCGGCUUCUCGAAAUUCAACUCGACUCUUCUCGGCAUGCCAUCGGGUGCCUCACAGGUUUUGGGGUUAUGGAUAUCGGGCUACUUGGCCUCCCGGUUCAACGGUAUACGCCACUUUAUAAUGAUUGGUGGGUUACUGGUUGCUCUCCUCGGAGGAGUCCUGAUCUUUGUCCUCCCGGACUCCAAUCGUAUUGGCCGAUUACUCGGCUAUUAUCUCCUUGUCGGCUUCAGUGCUACUUUCGUCAUAUCCUUGACCUUACUGCAGUCCAAUGUGGCUGGUCGCACCAAGAAGACGAUUUUUACGUCUGCCUUCUUCGUCAGUUACUGCGUUGGUAACCUGAUCGGGCCUCAACUUUUCUUCGAGCGAGAAGCGCCUCGCUAUCAAUCCGGGUUUGCGUCUAUGAUUGCGUGCUUUGCGGCACAGAUUGUUAUAGUCAGCGUGAUGUACGUGCGCGAUCGUCUCAAUGCAAACGUUUCCGAAAAUGAUCGAACUGCAGUUGUGUCUGUCGGUAUAUCAGAUAUGACCGACAUUCAAAAUCUGCACUUCCGAUAUGUCUUGUAG